ACGAACACGUUCAUUGUUCGUUGAUAAAAGUGCAGUUGAUAAGGCAAAUGCAAUUGCAAUUUUUGCAUCUCUUAGUGUAUAAAUAUAAAUCAUUAGUGCAAACGCUGUCGCGUUAUAGUUCGUUGAGGCACGCGCGUACGGUUGGAGUUCCGGAGAACAAAGUGGAAUGGAUCACGGAAGUUGUUACUGUGUGAUCGGUGCUGGCACUGCUGGACUUGCUGCGGCAAAGAGAAUACUGGAAACCGGUGCUCAAGUGAUAGUGUUUGAACAGACCGACCAGCUCGGCGGAACCUGGAACUAUACGGACGCGGUCGGAAAGGAUAAAUAUGGGCUGGAUAUCCACACUAGUAUGUACCAAGGGUUGCGGACUAACCUUCCGAAGGAAGUUAUGGGUUUUCCGGACUUUCCGAUCCCGGAGCAAAAAGAAUCGUACAUUCCUUCGCAGGAUUUUUUGAACUUUCUGAAGUCGUACGCGAACAGAUUUGGCGUUACGCAACAUGUGCGGCUGGAGCAUCACGUGUCAUCGGUGGAUUUCGUUGAAGAGCCCAAAAGGUGGAAAGUGCAGGUCAAGAAUCUCCCGGCAGACAAAAUGGAAACGUUCUUCUUCGAUUUCGUGUUUGUUUGCAAUGGGCAUUACCACACGCCUCGAUUGCCUUACUUUCCCAAUAUGGAUCUGUUCGAGGGCAAGCAGCUGCAUAGCCACGACUACAGGGCACCUGAUUAUUUUAAAGAUGAGACGGUGCUGGUCAUCGGAGCUGGUCCAUCCGGAAUGGAUUUGGCAUUGGAAAUUUCCCGCAAAGCACGUCAUGUAACUUUGAGCCACCACACGAAGGAAUCUUUCAAAACGAUUUUUCCUUCGAACUUGAUUCAAAAACCCGACGUCUUGGAACUCACCCGAACUGGUGUGGUAUACAAGGAUGGUACCCAAGAGGAGUUCACCGUUAUCCUUUACUGCACCGGAUAUCGUUACAACUUCCCAUUCCUAAGCCAGAACUGUGGGGUCAUCGUAGAAGACAAUUACGUUCAUCCUCUGUACAAGCAUUGCAUCAACAUCAAUCAUCCGACGAUGACCUUCAUAGGGCUUCCGUACUACGUUUGCGCUGCGCAAAUGUUCGAUCUACAAGCGAGAUUCUGUCUCAGAUACUACAGCGGCGAGAAAACGUUACCAACAAAGCAGGAGAUGCUUGCCGAUAUGCACGAACAGAUGAAACAGAAAUGGAUGCAGGGCUUUAGGAAGUGUCAAGCACACAUGAUGGGACCGGCGCAGGGUGAAUACUACGAAGAUUUAGCCAAAACGGCAUCGAUUGCGCCGAUCAAACCGGUGAUGACCAAGUUGCACAACGAGAGCAGUCAACGCUUCAACGAUGAUCUGUUGAACUUCCGGAAGGAUGUGUUCCGCAUUGUGGAUGAUGAGACUUUCGAGGAGGUGUUGUCGUGAUGUAUGGAGAAGGUGAUAUCCGUGAUUUGAAACGCCUGUCGAAAUAUAU